AUGUCUGCUGCACAUGGAGCUCAAAGAUGUUUCCCGUAUAAGUUCCCAUGGCUGAAUGAAAUGCUUGCCAACACACAGAACGAAAAAACAAUCGCCUGCAUGGUGACUGCUCACGGUGCCUCGGCAUACAAGCCCUUAGUCAUUCGUGGAGGUUGUGACUCCGUACGCGAGACUUUGACCCGAGAUCGACCCGAGAUCGACCCGCAUGGUAUCUAUAACUCCGGUGAGCCAGGCUUUGGAAAAGAUAUCACUAUCACCAAGGGGUUUGUGACAAUAUCUGAAUACCACGGUCGGCAACCACUUUUACCGGCCAGAAAUCGCGAGUGGGUUGUCGCAGUGCAAUGUAUGCGAAUGCUUCGGGGUGACACCAUUGAGCGUCUCACUUUGGUGAUCGGACCUUCUGGCGCACUAAGAGCCGCUCUGUACGCUCUACGUAAAGCAUGA